AUGCAGUUUCUUACUGCUGUAAGUCCACAGUCAUCCUCCACGCCAAGCUGGAAGAUUGAGACCAAGUAUUCAACAAGAGUGCUCACUGGAAACUGGACAGAAGAGAGGAGGGAGUUCACAAAAGCCACUGAGAAAACCCCCCAGACCAUUUACAGAAAAGAGUACAUCCCCUUCCCAGGCCACAGACCUGACCAGAUCUCCAGGUGGUACAGCAAGAGGAGAGUUGAGGGGCUCCCAUACAAACACCUGAUCACCCACCACCAGGAGCCCUCACAGCGCUAUCUGAUCAGCACCUACGACGACCAUUACAACCGGCAUAACUAUCACCCAGGCUUGCCGGAGCUCCGCACAUGGAACAGACAUAAGCUGCUGUGGCUCCCAGAGAAAGCCGACUUCCCUCUACUCGGUCCCCCUACAAACUACGGACUCUACGAACAGUUGAAGCAGAAAUGGCUCCCACCACCAGAGGUCACCCUCAGAGAGAGCAUUUACACUUCCUCCUACCCCAGACCACCAGCAGGUGCCAUGUCCCAGAGGGAGCAUGCGAUUCCGGUGCCUCCCCCUCGCCUGCAGCCUGUCCCACACUUCUGA